CAACCAUUCAAGAACCGGAUUUGCCCCAACUUCCACAGACCAUGGUCAAAGAAACUAAGAAACAAAAUAAUGCUCCAUUGAAGUUUACUAAAGAGGAAAUGGGCAUUAUGACAUGCAAUAAUGAAUUACUAAGUGAAUUGGAAUUAGUGACUACUGAGCUUGCAUUGUCAAUCAAGCGUGAAUUGGCAUUAGAAACUAAGCUUCGUGGUGGGAAUGCUACAACUCAAGAUCCUUCAUUAGCCCAACUACAAAAGGAAUUGCUUAGCAACAGAAAGUUGAUUGCUGAAUUGCAAGAGAAAUUGAGCAAGGAAAGAAGAUUGCGUUUCAUUAGUGAAGAACAUGCAUUAUUGAGUGAACAUGGACAAUCUCCAUCUCCAUUAAAGUUGAAUUAUGAGAAUACGGAAUUGUACAAGCAGUUAUUGAUCAAGAAUGACGAAGUUAAACAAUUGGAGGACAAGAUUGUUGAAUACGAAAAAGGACAAAAACUGGAUACUGAUUUACUUGACAAGUAUAAUGAAUUACUUGCUGAAAAUACUGAUUUGAAGUUCCAUGUUAUUCCUAAUUUACAGAGACAAAUUGAACAACGAGACGAUGGUAAUUCAUCACGAGUUUUCAAUAUUACAGGCGACCAAAGCUUUGAAUUGUCUGAUGAGGACGAGCUUAGUACUUUACGCAACCAACGUGAUGAAUUGCGUAGCACUGUCAAUAGACUUACUCGGAACAAUGAUGUGGAAUUGAGAUCAGCACAAGAGAAAAUCAGAUCAUUGGAAGUGCAAUUACGAGAUAUGAAACGGAUUAAUGAUAAAUUGAGUAUCCGAGAAGAUACCAAGCCAGCCACUAAUGGAUUUAUAAAGAAUGGAGGCGGGAAACUACUGGGAUUGGCGAUAAUUUCACCUACACAGAACUUAUUCGAUUAAAGGAUUAAUACACGUUUUAUAUUUAUUUAGUUUUUAUUUAAAAAUUUGGCGAUUAUUUCACCAAUCUCAGUUCCUUGAUUGGGGAAGGUUACGGUUUGGGAUUUGUAGUGUUCGUAUUCCUGUUUGGUUAAAAGACCAUGUUCAAAUUUAUACUUGAGCAAAUCUAAUGCUAGUUCAGUAGUGAAUUCAGGAUGGCCCUGGAAAGUUAAUAAGUUGGGUGAAAGCACGCCUUGGAUGUUACAUUUAUCGGUUGAUCCAAUAGACACACAUCCGGGAGGUAAUUCAUACACGAUAUCUUGAUGAAAUUCCACCAUAUUAAACUUGGACAAGCCAGAGAAUGGAGAAUUUUUCUUUAGUUCCGGGUUAACUUCGAUUGGAGUAGUUCCGGCUUCCCAACCAAUUUCAUUUCUUCCUAUUUUUGCACCAAGGUUCUUACACAAGAUUUGAUGACCAAAACAAAUGCCUGCGGUUUGAACUUUCAGUGGUAUAAUGACAUUUACAAUGAACUCAUCGAGCAAUUUGAUCCAAGGUUCUUCUCCGAACGCGUCACUUCUUGACCCAGUGAGCACUAAACCGGUAAUAUACCCUUGUUUAAUUCCUGCUUCUAAUUCCUUAUACGUGGAUUGUAAUUGAGUUAAAUAUUCUUCAGGAGAUGUAGAAUAAGCAAGGUAGUAUUUUUUAAUUUUAGUAGUUGUAUGUUUGGAAAGGAGAUCUUUGGUGUUGUCACCGAAGUCUCCGUACUUUUCGGUUAUGUUAGGGAUAGGAGUGUCUAACACUAACACAGCGACAUGAGAGACAUUGUCUUGAUUUUCAACAGUCAUGGUGAAU